GGCGGCACCCAGAGAAGCAUGCCCUCAUAACCAGUUCGAAAGCUUCCUCUGUUCUCUCGUGUUCUUUUCUUCUUCUUGCUGUUGCUUGGGUGUCAGGGUGUUUGUUCUCUUGAUUCAUUUCAUCCCAGUCAUGUGUGGGAUACUUGCUGUGUUGGGUUGCUCCGAUGACUCGCAGGCGAAGAGGGUUCGAGUGCUGGAGCUCUCUCGCAGAUUAAAGCAUCGUGGUCCUGACUGGAGUGGUUUACACCAGUAUGGUGAUUGCUUUUUGGCUCACCAACGGCUAGCAAUCAUUGAUCCGGCUUCUGGAGAUCAACCACUUUAUAACGAAGACAAAACUGUCAUUGUGACGGUAAACGGAGAGAUUUACAACCAUGAAGAGUUAAGGAGUCAAUUAUCUGACCACAAGUUCAGGACAGGGAGUGACUGUGAGGUCAUUGCUCAUUUGUAUGAUGAGCAUGGAGAAAAUUUUGUGGAUAUGCUGGAUGGAAUUUUCUCGUUUGUGUUGCUGGACACUCGCGACCAUAGCUUCCUUGUUGCUCGAGAUGCAAUUGGAGUCACACCCCUCUACCUUGGCUGGGGACUUGAUGGUUCUAUUUGGAUAUCAUCUGAGAUGAAGGGGCUGAAUGAUGACUGUGAGCAUUUUGAGUUGUUUCCUCCUGGACAUCUGUACUCCAGCAAAGAAGGUAGCUUUAAGAGAUGGUACAACCCUCCGUGGUACUCCGAAUCUAUCCCAUCAGUCCCAUAUGAUCCACUUGUUCUGAGAAAGGCAUUCGAAGAUGCUGUCAUUAAGAGGUUAAUGACAGACGUUCCAUUUGGAGUGCUGUUAUCUGGUGGCCUUGAUUCAUCUUUAGUUGCAGCCGUCACAGCUCGUCACUUGGCAGGGACGAAAGCUGCGAAGCAGUGGGGAACUCAACUCCAUUCCUUCUGUGUUGGUUUAGAGGGCUCACCUGAUCUGAAGGCUGCUAGGGAGGUUGCCAAUUAUUUGGGCACUGUUCACCAUGAAUUCCACUUCACAGUUCAGGAUGGUAUCGAUGCCAUUGAGGAUGUAAUCUACCACAUCGAAACAUAUGACGUGACUACAAUCAGAGCAAGUACCCCCAUGUUCCUCAUGUCCCGUAAGAUAAAGGCAUUGGGAGUGAAGAUGGUCAUCUCAGGUGAAGGUUCGGAUGAGAUUUUUGGAGGAUAUCUGUACUUCUACAAGGCACCUAAUAAGGAAGAGUUCCACGGCGAGACAUGUCGCAAGAUCAAAGCACUCCACCAGUAUGAUUGCUUGAGGGCAAACAAAGCGACCUCUGCAUGGGGGCUCGAAGCUCGUGUGCCGUUCUUGGAUAAAGAAUUUAUAAAUGUCGCAAUGAGCAUCGAUCCUGAAUGGAAAAUGAUCAAGCCUGAUCUUGGUCGGAUUGAGAAGUGGGUAUUGAGGAAGGCUUUUGAUGAUGAGGAAAAACCGUACCUGCCCAAGCAUAUUCUGUAUAGGCAGAAAGAACAGUUCAGUGAUGGUGUUGGCUACAGUUGGAUUGAUGGUCUCAAGGCCCAUGCAGAAGAUCAUGUGACAGAUAGAAUGAUGCUGAAUGCAGAGCGCAUUUAUCCACACAACACACCCACCACAAAAGAAGGCUACUACUAUAGAAUGAUCUUUGAGAGAUUCUUCUCCCAGAACUCUGCAAGGCUGUCAGUCCCGGGAGGUCCUAGUGUGGCUUGCAGCACAGCCAAGGCCGUGGAGUGGGACUCUCAGUGGUCGAACAACCUUGAUCCCUCAGGGAGGGCUGCUCUUGGUGUCCAUGUUUCAGCUUAUGAUCCUCAAGCACCCACUUCUUCAGAAGGAAAAGGACCUGCCAUGAUCACCCUCAAGAAGCCAAGGAUGGUCGAAGUAACAGCUCCAAGCCUCACCAUCCAGACCUGAAUUUUUCUCAAGUUAUCAAUAUGCCUAAGGACUAGUAAUGUUUGCAUGGAUUCUAUCUGUCUUAUUGUACUUUUGUCGAAGUUCAUGUAAUACAAGUAUUCGAACAAUUGCUUGUAUUGGAUCAAAAGUAAACCUUCUAUGACUAUGUCCCAACUUGUUAGGUGGUUUCAUUUUCCUUCCAUGCAGCAAGUAUUUAUAAGGAAAUUGAUUUUCCGCAUUGGGUACUCAAGGCAAGUGCUGAUGAAUUUAAUCAACGGAAUGCGGUCAA